AUGCAGAGUAGCGACGCUGCGCUGCUCGCUGCGCGUCGGGCGCGGUUCGCGCGCGAGGCUCGCAACCCGCCGCCUGUGCCCGUCAAAACCAUGGCGUGGGCUGGCGGCCAAGUGACGACGAGCGACCCGAGCAAGGCCCUCGCCAAGCUUCUCGCUCGAAAGGCCAAAGCGGGCGAAGCUUUGACGGCGGAUCAGCAGCGAGCCCUGCAGGCGCUGACAGCCGGGCCGGCGCUGGCGGACCGAAGCGCCGCGGCUGCGAACCAGCGGGCCGCAUCAGUGCAUCAGCCUCGCGUCAAGGUGGAGAAGUUGGGCAGGUCGCAAGAGGCUGCGUCGGCGGAGCAGCAGGCGCGCCGCAGGCGGCUGGAGCGCAAGAUUCGCGACUGCGAGGCGCUAGAGCGGCGGGCGGCGGCCGGAGAGAAGCUUGAGAUCAACCAGCGCAGCAAACUGGAACGCAAGGCGCAGUGGCAGCGAGAGCUUGCGGACGCGGGCGGGCAGGCGGCCCGCUGA